CUGUUCAGAGUAAAUUUGAAUUGCUCCAAAAAUGACGCUGAUUACGCACAUGACGCCAGAAGCUCAAGAGAAGCUUAUGGUGAAAGUACGCAACUGGCUGGCUUGGGAUAAAAAUGAGAAAACACAUGCAGAAAUCAGUAAGCUAGCUGAAGAGAAGAAUUAUCCGGAGCUUGCUGUGAGAAUGAAUGGACGACUACUGUUUGGUACUGCAGGUAUUCGAGCCCCUAUGGGAGGCGGAUUUGCUCGUCUGAGUGACUUGACGGUCAUCACCGUCACCCAUGGAUUCGCCAGACAUGUCCUUGAAGAGCUAAAUGGCAAGACACCAACUGGGGUAGCCAUCGGUUAUGAUGGAAGGCAUAACAGCAAGAGAUUUGCUGAACUUGCAUCGAACGUCUUCAUCUGCAAUGGCAUUCCGGUGUAUCUUUUCAGCGCUGUGUGCCCGACCCCUGUCGUGUCAUGGGCCACGAUCAAGCUGAAGUGCGACGCGGGACUGAUCAUAACUGCAUCACAUAACCCGAAAGAAGACAAUGGUUACAAGGCUUACUGGAAUAACGGAGCGCAGAUUAUUGGACCUCAUGACACAGAAAUUAUUCGAAUCGCCGAAGCAGAACCAAAACCACGUGAUGAAUACUGGGAUACCCAUUCACUUUCAAGCAACCCGCUCUUGAAAUCUGCUGAUGUAACCAUUGAUCCUUACUUCGAAGUUGAGAAAUGUCUCAUCUAUCACAAAGAAAUCAACCAAAAAACCCCACUGAAGAUUACCUACUCGGCAUUCCAUGGUGUUGGUUUCCAUUAUGCCAAACGUAUGCUUCAGGAAUUCGGUUUUCCCGUAGAUCACUUCUUCUCAGUCAAGGAGCAACAAGAGCCGAAUCCCGACUUCCCAACCGUUCCAUUCCCCAAUCCAGAAGAAGGCCACAAGGUCCUAACCCUGUCCUUCAAAACCGCCGAUGCCAAUGGAUCGACCUUUAUCAUUGCAAAUGAUCCAGAUGCUGACAGGAUCCAGAUCGCUGAAAAACAGAAAAAUGGGCAAUGGCGCGUAUUCACAGGCAAUGAGAUGGGAGCUCUUCUGACAUGGUGGGUUUGGACAAAUUGGCACAAGGCCCAUCCGAAUGCCAAUAAAUCCGAUGUCUAUAUGAUCAACAGCGCUGUUUCGUCACAGAUUGUGAGAACAAUCGCUGAUGCUGAAGGGUUCAAGAAUGAGCUGACUCUGACUGGUUUCAAAUGGAUGGGUAACAAAGCUGAUGAACUACGCGCAAAGGGAAAGACUGUGAUAUUGGCUUGGGAGGAGAGCAUCGGAUACAUGCCUGGACAUACGUUAGACAAGGACGGAGUCAGCGCCGCCGGAAUGUACGCUGAAAUGGCAGCUUGGUUAGAAACGCAAGGAAAAACCAUGCAGGAUCAACUGUUCGAGAUUUACCACAAAUAUGGUUUCCACAUGGUACGCUCAUCCUACUGGUAUACACCAAGCCCUGAUGUGACCAAAGAAUUGUUUGCUUCACUAAGGAAAAACAUGAAGUACCCCGAGAAGAUCGGACACAGUGCCGUGACUACCGUACGCGACCUUACUAUUGGCUAUGACAACUCAAUGCCAGACAACAAACCAGUGCUUCCUCUUUCCACCACAUCCGAAAUGAUCACAUUCAACUUGGCCAGUGGAAAUGUUGCUACUUUGCGUGCAUCGGGCACAGAGCCAAAAAUCAAGUAUUAUAUUGAACUUAAGACCGCCCCUGGAAAGAAGGAGAGUGAUCUCGCUGAGGUGACGAAAGAAUUGGAACAGUUGGAAAAAGAUGUAGUCGAGACGUUGCUACGACCAAAGCAGUUUGGUCUCAUCCCCCGCAAAUAAAUAUUUAUCUUCAGUAGGAGUAGUUAGCUUUUAACAUUAUCGUAGUUUGAGAAUAAAGUUAACAUGCUUUUCUCACUCCUCUCGUUCCUCUCACUUGAUGAUUCCAAAUCAUUCGUUCUAUAUAACUCAAUUGUGAUUAUUUUUGCAUUUCUCCCUCAACGUGGCAAACUGGUUUCGCGACAUAGACCAUUAUUCGUACGGUUCUACCGUGCAGUCCGAUUGUUCACUUAUCAACUUACAUUUACUCAUCUCACUUAGAUGUUGCAGAUUUGAAUAUCUGAGAAUGUUGCUACGUUAAUAAAGUAACAGAGCUUA